AUAGAGUAUGUUUUUAUAUAUUAAUUGACACACGAAAAUCUACCAUGGACGGAGCAAAUGUUACAUUCCUUUUUCAAUUCGGUUUAUUACGUGAUACUGUUAGUAUAGAGGCAAGUGCCUUAACAUUAAAAACACUAAAAGAAUAUGCAUGUAAUUUUAUAAUUACUAAAUGCCCUGAUCAUGGGCUGAAUCAAUUAUUUGAAAGAUUGCUUUUAUUCAAGCAUGACUACAACUCAUCAAAUGUUUUACAACUUAUUAAAAAUGCCGCAGAAAUAGUUGACGAAACAUUAAUUGAAAUUGUAUUAAAAACCCAAGUACCAACCGAAGAGAUUAUUGUACGACGCCAUACUUUAUCUGUACAUUCAUACAAAACACCUACUUUUUGCAAUUUUUGUAGUGAAAUGCUUUUUGGAUUAGUGAAACAAGGUCUCAAAUGUGAAGGAUGUGGCAUGAAUUAUCACAAAAGAUGUGUUGUAAAAAUUCCAAACAAUUGUAUACAAGAUUCAAAUAAACAAAGGCGUAGUUCAACAAUGCUAAAUGUGCCUAGAUCACCCAGUCAAGGUUCUACAAGUAGUUUUGGAGGUGCUUGUGACGAUAAUCAAAAUAUGGGAGCAUUUAAUCUCAGCCAAAAUAAUACUUCUUCUGUUACAACUUCUAAACAGUCCAAUUCAUCAUCUUUGGGAGAUAAAAUUCCCUGGGCAGACCGAGAAAUGAUAUCUCGAAUUAAAAUACCUCAUACGUUUGUUGUCCAUAGCUAUACCAGACCAACAAUAUGUGGGUAUUGUAAAAAACUUUUACGUGAACUUUUUAAGCAAGGUCUACAGUGCAAAGAUUGUCACUAUAAUAUUCAUAAAAAAUGUAUAGACAAAAUUCCUAAAGAUUGUAUUGGUGAAAAUUCAAAGGAUAAUUGUGGUGGAACAGAGUGUCAAGACUAG